GCAAAAUAUAAGAAAAUAAAAUGUCGCGCAAUCAAUUACCAGAUUCGUCCUCCUCCCCACCCAUAAGCCAUUUACCCUAUCAUAACUUUGACGACGAUCUAAUUAAUGAACUGCCCUCCUGCAUCUAUGCGGGUCAACAUCAGAGUGGCGUCGGCGGUGCAGCUGGAGGCAUUUCGUCUGGCGGUUCUGGUCUGCGUCUGAGCUCCAACAAUUUGCGGCACAUUCAACAGCAUUACUUACAACACGGAAACGAAAACCUGCUGGACUCCUCCACUAAUACCAACACACUGGUGGGGCUCAAUUCCAAUAGUGCCACGCCCAUGAUGUGCAAUAGUCCAACAGCUAGCAGCAGUGGGGGUGGCGGUGCUGGAGGUGGAGGCGGUGUAGGUGCAGGUGGAUCAUUAGGUUCUAGCACGGGAGCGGGACCAUCGAAUGCUAACUAUGGUGCAGCUGCUGCUUCCAGCUACAAGAUCCAAAGACAACAGGCAAACGUGCGAGAAAGGAAACGCAUCCAGAGGUCCGCACCUACUGGUAGUAUCAAUUCCGCAUUCGAUGAGCUGCGGGUUCAUGUGCCCACAUUUCCAUAUGAGAAGCGUCUGAGCAAGAUUGAUACCCUGCGCCUGGCCAUUGCCUAUAUAUCACUAUUACGGGAGGUGUUGCUAACGGAAUACGACCCGCUCACAUAUGUGGAGAAGUGCCUGCGUGGUGAGAUCAAAGCGGAUCGGGCUAAUUGGAAUACGAGCGAUCUAACGGCUCGCCUCUCCUGGAUCAAUUGGGAGAAUCUGGGAGUGCAUCCCGGGCGUCGAACUUUGCUCACAUCGCUGGCAUUGUCCUCGGAGCCAAUGUGUGGUGCACAUUGUGGCAUGCCAUAAGCGCAUUAUAUACAAAUUUGUCUGCGAUUGGAUACAUAGACUAAAUCAGUGUUUAUAAUUGCAAUCGUUUAACAAUGAAUAUUCCAAAUAUUCCAAGUGGUAAUCAAAUUAGAAGCUACGAACGAAAAAACCACUAUAAAUAUUGAUUAAUAUUCUUUGAAAUCGAUGUUAAAUUACAAGGUAUGCUAUAGACAUGGCACAAGAGAAAACAAA